AUGUUGUACGAAAAUUGGGUGAAUAAAGGAAGCUGUUCGGCGGCGCGUCGGCGUCGAGAAAUACGGCGACAACGGGGUAAUUUUGACGACGACGGCUCAGGUAUAUAUAAUAUUAUUAUUAUUAUUACGGCCGUCGGGCGCCACGGGCUCGUAAAAUCGUACUUAUCGGCUAGAACGACCGUCCAGAGUGGUUAUGUGUUUACCCGGAUCGGCAUGUGUGAGCGUUCGUCUUCUCUUGCGAUCCGAAAAUUUAGCGUUCGACGGUGAUGGCUACGCGGAGUACGCGGGCGUUUCCGAGGGACAAGACGGCAGGUAAGUCCGUACACGGCUCCGAUUUGCAUAAAAUGGUAAACCAAUAUGCGAGUAUAACGUCAUCGAAUAGGCGUAAAAACGACACGCGUGCCAGUAUACACGUGUAUCCGACACGUAUCCUACACGAGUGUAUAAACGAAUCGUUAAUUAUCGCAGAAACGGGACGCGAAAUCAAAUUUUACAGGAAGCACGAAAAACCGGUACAUGCAGUCCCGGACGGGCGAAGCACGUUUGGACCACUAAUAAAACUGCAACCCGUUUGAACCAGGAUUUAGUGAACCCGUUUGGACCAAUACUUUUGAAUUUCUAUAAAGGCUCGAUAAAUAAACGUUCAGUUAAACUACGAAAACUAAUUUUUAAAUUAAGUAAUAAGUAAAUUAUUUAGGUUUACAUACAAUUUCUGUGUAUGAAUUUAGUUUUAAAACAUACCAAAAAUCCAGUUAUAUUCGAUAUAUACCUAUAUUUAUUAUCUUUAUAUAACAGAUGUCUAUGUAUCAAAGUAUUAUAGACGAUAAUACAACACAGAUAAAAUACUAUUAUGUAAAUGCUCGAUAAAAAAAUGAUCAGUUAAACUAAUAUAAGUUAAAAUAUAUGUAUUUUUUAGCCCUAACGGGUCUUUAAAAUUGAUCCAAGCGGACUGUUACAGAAAAAUUGGUCCGAACGUAGUUUUUCUACUUCUUAAUUCCAUCUUCCAAAUAGGGUUGUUCGGGAGUGGGGGAGUGCCGUAAAUUUCCGAAAUUUUCUAUAUAUCUAUAUAAAUUCUUAAGUAUUAAAUUGUAGAUAUAAUAAUAUUUAGUGGUGAAAAUAAUCCACCAAUCGCCCUCUCCCCCGAUAUCCACCACGGUCCGUCUAAAAUGUAGUAUAACUGGGACGUGUCAACCAGAGAAGUAUUUGGGACAGGGUUACUAGGAAGGAUGAUCGAAUCGGGUGGCAUUUUUAAACAUACUUUUUCAAUAGCUCUGGUCGAAAAUGUUAUUAUUAUAACUUUAAUUUUUUGUUAUCUCGGUAUCAUAUUCAAACGGUGACGUAUUAUAAUAUAUACUACACAAUACAUUUAAGAUUUCGGUGCAUCAUCUAAAAUCUUUACUAUAGAACUGACCCGUGAAAACUGAAUAGAAUUAAAUUGUAAAAUUAUAUAACUAUCUAAGAUACAUAGUACGAAUGUAUAUUAUUAAACAGUGUAGUACAAAAUACACGAGUGCGUACCAUAAGACGUAUUUAAACACACGUUAUAUUAAUAACACAGUUAUAUUAUUAUAAUAUACUUCAAAAAAUUACUAAAAAAAAACAAAAACAAAAACUAUUUAUUUACCCUACGGUCAGUUAAACAUGUGUUUCGUGUAUGAAAUUUUAACAAAAAUUUGUAUUUUGUUUCAUAUUUAUAGUAGGAAAAGCGCUAACAAUUCAUAGUACCGCCCAGGUCUCAAAAACUCAAUACGUAUCUGAUCUUGAUCGGACAGAAAGAAUUGGAACGAGUUCAUUUAGUGAUGGAUGA